AUUUUGGCGGAUCUCUCACUCUUCACCUAACUGGACCCCGUCUCGCGGUCCGAUUAGGAGCUAGUCAAGCAGCCUUUGCGUCGUGCGAAUCAGGGUCGUCAUCGUCAUACCGCAUUAUAACUACCGCGGUUCUGUGUUACGAUACUCGAUUUAGCUUGAACCAGCCCUACGGGAUUAUAGACAUUCUCACCCUCUAAUGACCGUCUUCUAGCCGAAGCCUGACACUCAUGUUUAUUAUAAUUGUUUCCUCAUGAAGAACGUCAAGUAACUCUAAGCGCUGUCUUUCCUUAUUCUACAUUAGUUAGGGAGGGGGAACCAUGGCGGAGGCAUUAGAACGCGCACCGGGGAACCCAUGGCUUCACGUGCGACGAGAACCGUUCGAUUUCGGUCUUUUACCCAUCCCCGCGAUCGCAUCGUACAAGGAAGCUUCCACCGAAACCCUAAAGCUGCUCCGCCAGCGCCUCAUCGACGCGUCUUUAAACUCCGAAGGCCCCUCGUCCACCUCCCCUACUCGCGACGGCUCGCAAGAGCCGCGCGUCACCUGCGACGCGAUAGAGUCGUGCCUCAAGCUCUCUAAAGACCAGGCGCGGCUCGUCCUAGACACCCUAGCGUCCGUACUGCCGACCGGUAGCGAGGACAUCGACUCGCUCUCCGACGCGUCGCCGUCAGAUGCGGCGAAGGUCGGAACGGACGUGGAUCUCCUGCUGCUCUUCCUCUUCCUGCAGCGGUACCGCCGCGUGCCCAACCGCUCGUCGCGCGACGCUGCUGUGCUCGCGGAUGUCUGGCCGCAGGGGCCGUCGCCGUUCGAUUCCGUCUCGCCGACCGCGACUUCCGCUCUCCAGAUAAAGACAAGCCUGGCCACCCGGCAGCGGUUUCAAACGGGGCACGCGGAGGAGGAGCAGCAGCAGCUGUCGUUUCUGCAGAAGAACCUCCCCUCCAUCCUCCAGCUGCUGGCGGAGCAUGGCUCUGAGGGGGACGGCACUCAACCCGGCACGCAGGUCAUUUCCAUUGACAAGUUCGAGCUGCUGGGUCUCUUUCUGCGAGUGAACCGACCUGGAGUCUCCUCCCUGCUCCUCUCGCAAGUCGCCCCCUUCUUUGCCGAAGCUGACUCUGCCAUGCCUCCCGCGCCCGUGCCUCUCUCCGUGGCUCAAGACUGGCUUGGCCCGAGGCUGUGCUGCACGUCCGACCACGGCCCGGACCUAAGGCCGCAGUCACCCUCGCGCCCUGCCAAGGGGCCCGCGGAUAGGGGCGGGGAUUCCGCCGCCUCCCCCACUAAAAGCGGGGACACGCCAAUGGGGGAAGGGGGAGCAGCGGGGGGAAGCGGGGCAGGCGCAGGGGGGGAGGUCGGCGGGUCGCCUAGAGGGGGGUCAACCAAUGGGCCGAUGACAGGUGGCGUGCUGUCGCGGCGUGUGUGGGCGGCGGCAGGAAUGACGACCGUUGAUGGGGUGGCUAAGAUGUCGGUGCUCAAGGGCGAGAACGAGGUGGACAGCAACUGCGUGCGGGUGGCCCACUGCCACGACAGUGUGAUCUACGUGCUGGCUCCUCUCAAGUAUGCCUCCGUUAUUGGCUGCUCCGACUCCAUUGUGGUGCUGGGGGCUGUGGGCAAGGUCGUUCGAGUGGAGGCAUGCGAGCGCCUCACCCUCAUCGCCCCCUGUGCCCGCAUCCGCAUUGCCAACUGCCGCGAGUGCGUCUUCUACCUCGGCUGCAACUCCCGCCCUGUCAUCCUGGGAGACAACCACUCCCUCCAGAUCGCUCCUUACAACACCUUCUACCCGCGCCUGGAUUACCACCUGGCUAAAGUGGGUGUUGACCCAGCGGUCAACAAGUGGGAUCUGCCGCUUGCGCUCGGCUCGCUAGACGCUGCUGCUGCCGCUGGUGCGGCCGGUGUUGGCAGUGCUGGUGGCGCUGGUGGGUCUGGGUCGUCUGCUGCUGGUGCUGGGACGACCGCAGCAGAGGGAGAGGGGGCGAAGGAGGGAGGGGCAGUGGGAGGGGCAGCGGGAGCGGGGCUUGAUUCGGCGAUUCUGAUGCCUCCUGAGAAGUUUGUGCCGUUUGUGGUCCCGUUUCGGACGCAGCAGGAGCAGACCAGUGGUGGGGGUGCCAGCCCACUUCUGCAGCAGGCCACGAGGGCCAACCCGUUUGCCCUGCCUAAGACGUACCUGAUCGCACUGCAACACAAGACGAAGACGGUGGAGAGCCUACGCCAGACGCUCAAGACAGCAGUGCUGGACGAGGGGCGGAAGAGGGAGCUCACCAACGUCAUUCAAGCGCACUUCAAAGAGUGGCUCCUCACAUCGGGCAACAUUCGGCAGGUCUAUGACCUCGCACGGCUUGACAGGGACCCCUAGACGCAUUACAGCAAAUCUACUCCCUGCCUUGCCAAUUCCCCUCUACCCCGUGGCUUUCAAGCUGUCACUCACACUCACUUCUCUUUCGUUCUCUCCUAUCGUUGCACACCAACCAAGCCCUCGCAACAUACCUAGUCCUUCGCCAGAGUAGCCGGUUGCAUUCCCAACCAGCAGCUACUGCACUUGCUGGAUCGACCAACAUGGCAACAAGUUGCUAGACUUACAGAUACACUGCUGAUUUGAGAGAUGGAUGAAACUUCAAUUCAAGCACUGGGGACGGACAGAUGGAUGCAUGGAGCUGAUUGUUGGUGGAUGGGUCUGUAGGGGUAUGCAAGGGAGACUGGGCUCUGAAGUGCUAGCCCAGUGGCUGCUUUCAUGGAUGGAGCAUUUUUCUGCGCAUUUUUCUAAGGAGGGAUGGAUGGGCAAUUAGCAAUUAUGCAUAAAUUGGUUAGUGUACUCUGUGAAGCCUGAGAUAGACAUGCCGCCAUUACUUGACAGUGCCCAAGUAACAUUGAUAAACGUAUCUACGGUAUCAUGAGUAUGUCGAGAGUU